AUGCAUCUGCAUCAGCUACGCCUGAAGCGUAUCGACAUUGAUGAGUUACUCCGCUAUGUACUGUACAAGGCGCCGGAGACUGCUGUAAAUAUGUACGACCUGAUACGGUCAACCAUUGCGCAUUGCAGGUUUUCCAAACGAGCGGAACCGGACUGCGCGUUGUGCUCGAUUGGAGUGAUAGUAACGUUUGGAGUGCCUGUUGGCCAGAGGACUUCCGACUUCCUGGCAGCACGUAUAGUGUGGGGUCAUCGAGUUCAGCCGCUUCGUAGAACCAGUUUCCUCGGGUCAUUUUUGACGCUGACCCCUGACAGCUGGUCAGCUGGGCCUCUUGACGAACCUCCCCCGUCUGCGGAUGUCCUUCUUUGGGUCGCGCCCGAAUCAACACCCGUCAAGUUAUCUACCUCGCAUGAUCGACACACACAAAGUCGAUAG